AUGCUGCGCUCCACGGCGCCUAGCUCCUUUUUUAGUACGUCAGUCAACGUCGCGAUCUGCGCGCUGGGGUCGUCACCGAUGAUGGACUUCUUGCCUACGAGCUCCAGCAGCUCACGCAGACACAGCUCCUGCUGUCGUAGCUGGUCCGAGAUCUGCUGCGCAAGACGCGCAUCGCGGGAUAGCGGACGGACAGAGAUGGAGGAGGCGACGUUGCGUGCUAAAAUUCAGGCUAUGAAGAACCUACUGGAGGCCAAGAAACAUACAUCAGGUGGCGCAGCGCCCAUAGCUACAAGCUACAGCUUCUCACGACCCAAUUCCAGUCAUUAUCAGCCGAGAAAAUACGGUGCGUCUGGACCAGUGAAUCGCUCGUGGAAUCGCCAUUCGCCGCCUGCUGCCGUGAAUCGGAGUCACGUUGGGAGCGGGAGUGCCAAUAAGGUUUGGAAGCGAGAAGACACGCCUGUUUCGACGUCGUCGCCUGCGCUGGUGACGAAGCUUCGGAAGAGACCGAUGAAGGUGACGAGCAACAAACGCAAAAGUAUGCAGCUACAGGUGCUACGACUGGAAGACGGAGAAUACGCAAAGGCGAACGGGGGCUUCAGUCUCGUCCGGGCUGGAGUGAAGACGCCUACUCCUGCGACCACCGUUGCGAGUGCGAAGCCUACAUCGGUAAUCCGCUCGAACAGUAGUUACUGCAAGAACAAAGAGGAAUGCAGGUUUAUUCACGACAGUCGACGGGUGUCGAUGUGUCGGAAGUUUCUGAAAAAUGAGUGCGACGACCCCAACUGCUUGCUGUCACACCAACAUGACGAG